CUUCUCUCAACACCAGGCUCUGGUUUUUGCCACCAUAUCAGUUUGUCAGUGGUCUAGCAAUAAUGGUGAGAAGCACCAGACACGACUAAAGGCCGACUCGUCACUCAGCAUGCCAGUAAUGGACGAAACGACCAUCCACCCCACCCUGGCUGUCCAACAAAUACGCACCUCUCCUCCAUCCAACCCCCAUCCUCCGAUGCCAUGUGCUCGAUUCAGUCCCUUGGCCUCCAUGAGCCUUCGGCUUUACCAUAUCUGGUUGCAGAGUCAGUCCUUCCGACAGAUCCUCGUCCUCACCAGUACACCUGGAACCUGUCUCAAACCCUCGAUGAUGACAACGCAACACUGAUUGAGGAGGAAGUCCUCUUCACCCAUGCUUGUGUUGUUUGGUCGAGGAAUCGCUCCGUCAAAAGAGUCCUGAACCUCAACGUCGAAGGCGAAUCAAUACUUCACGCAUUUGUCACACGAUUCAGUGCAACAGAACUUUCUGCCGCUGCAAAUCUUCAGAACAAGGUCGCGAAUGGGCCGCUAUCUUCUGAGCGUGGCUUGGUGGUGGUUCUUAAAACCCAAGCGCAUAUCUUCCUCUUCUCAGGCGACACCCAUGUCAUUCCACUCUCUUUUGAGGUGGAAUCUGCCUUUCCACUGCCAUCUGGCUUCCUCCUGCAACGGCGACUAGCUGAUAAUGAAGGGGCUAGUCAGGAUUCUUCGCCUUCACAACAUGACCUCAGCAUCAUUAACGAAACAAUUAUCUCCACAGGUGCAAACACCUCUCGUGUAUCGAUCGUUCUGCCAGCCCCUCAUCCUCCAUCCCUCCCGUCAGUCCAUUCCUCCUUGAUUGGAAUGUCUCGCACUUUUUCUUUUACACAACUAAUGUCUGAGAUGGGUCUUGUCGUAUGGAGUCCGAGCCGCAAGGGUCAGCCCUUGGCCGAAUGCAAGGCUCUGCCCAGAUCCGAGAGACUGAUCUUCACAUCAGCACAUGACGAACUGAAAAGAGACCACAGCGAAUGGCCUCCGCUUUCUAUAGCUCUAACGGUCAAUGAGGGAAAUGCAUCUAUUACACUGUGGCAUGUGAUCGUCGACCAUGGCAACGGUGCUAGGGCACAUGUUGACCAAGACCAUAAACUCGCCAAGGGACAGCACACCAAGAGGAAAAGCUCCCAUGCAUACGCUCGUGAUCCAGCAACAACUCCAAGUGCGCGCAUACCUGCGUCCGGGAUGGGAAACCUGGUCGCAGAAGGGCAGGUGCAUACACAUGGAUAUCCAUCCCUACCUGACGAUGAGAAAGUCUUCUCCGGCAAUGACAUUGCAGCGCAGUUGGGUCCCGAGUUUGGUGAAUUGGGUGUCCAGACUCGCUCCACGCGGCGCGUGAGUUCAAUGUUAGCCAGAACGGACCUGGGCUCUGCUAAUGAACGUACCACCUUCAACGAUAUCGCCAUCAGCCAUACUGGUCGCCAGAGCCUGAACAGAGCCGGUAAACGUGGAGAAUCUAUUGGGGGGCUUAGCGAUCGUCACAGUUUUGGCUACCGCCGUCGAAGCUCUUUCCCAACCAAUGUCUCCACCAUGAGUAACGGGACCUCGUUCCUUGACGCAUCAGCUCGCGGGCUCUUGGAGGACUUGGACUCCUCGCGACAACUUGUUCGUUUGGAAGAUGACAGUCAGGAUUCGCGGGAUAACCACCUCCCCCGGGACGUUGGCUUUGCAAGGAUCAAAGCAAUACCCAGAUCGAACACCUCAAUCAAACCCGGAGUUAGCGAUGCUUUGAAAGUGCUUAUCCUAAUGCCUCCGGACCACUCCAGCCGCAAGAAUCCUAACGAGCGUGACCUGUUCGUGUCUCUUGUCGAUAAGGGCAAACAAGAGAUGAUCCUGAUGCAGGUCUUGGCUAAGCUUCACCCCGACUCCGGCAAGAAAUCGAGUCCAUUGAAGCGACCUAUCGAGCUCAAGGUCACAGAGGUGCGGCGUAUUUCAGGAGUAACAGAUGCCUGUAAGGUCGUUGAGGGAGGCAUUCAACGUUUGGUUGUGCUAACCCAAUCACGAUCCAAGCAUAUCUCCCUGCAUCUUGAGGCUCCCUGGUCUCCGUCGUUCAGAGUCGAGCUAAUGACUCAUUUUGCAACAUUUGAUCCGCUUGCCCACGCACGGCUGAAAAGCCAAGGACUGUUCAAGGGAGUAAGCUCGAAACGAGCCAUUCCAGCAGAUGAAAUUGAGAUACAUGGUUUGAUGGACGCCGGAGCCCCAAGCCAAUUCUACGCCCUCGAUCAGAAUGGUCUACAACACUCGAUUUGCCUUCAACUUCGGCCAGCAGACCCCUUGGUAUGGCAAAUCCUUCAAAUGAGCGAUCUCGUGGUGGUCUCGAAUAGGAGGGAAAGCUUACUUGUUGCAUUUUGGGAGGUUUCUCGCUGGUUGAGUCAUCGUGAUCCCUCAGCAUGUUCCGAGUGGACAGUACUUAUUGUCCUUCUGUUUUCCCUCGCGGUUUCCUACUUGAACAAUCAAUCAGUGAUGCCGACUCAUCGAAGGAAGAAAGGAGCCUUGCUCCGCUCAAGUAGCGGAAAUCCCGUUGACCUCACAAAUUUCAAUAACAUGACUUACGAAUAUCAUGAUAUCUCUGGAAGAACACCAACAGAAAGCCCUGCCUGGAGUUGGCUUUCUGGUAGGAAACAAAGUGGCAGUACAUUAGUUCCCAAGACGAAACCAGCUCGCACCGCACCAGCUAGUGCGCAUGAGGACGACAAUCAGGACAAGAAAAACACAUUCUUGCUGAAUUGCAUAACAUUGGCCAAAGACUAUGUUCAAUCUCCCAUGGGCGAAGCUGCCAUGGGCCCCGAGGGCUAUUUACCAACCUCUGUCAACAACGACCGUGAGCAACGCUGCAAUGCAAUACCAAGUAUUCUCAUCGGCCUACAUCUUCUCUUCGAGGAAUCUAGGCUCAGUGUGAAUUCGUCGCAUUUCAUGGAUACCUCCAAGGCAAAUUUGGUGCUUGUUAUGAUGCAAAUCGGACAAUGGUUGGACUGGAAAGACUGGAAGUAUGGAGUAGCCAGUUAUUACAGACAUGAGACCCCAGAAAGUGAUUUUUGUCUUUUCGACCACUCUGUGAUUGAUGCUCUCCCUAUGCCACCACAGCCAUUUGUUCCGCCGUCGAUCUAUGAGGAACUCGAACACUGGAUCACUGAAAGUCGUCCCUCGAAGUUUCUGACCUUGGCAAGAGUUGCUGGCGAAAGUGGUGCCGUCGACCUCGGCAAUCCGAUAUGGCAACGCACGUCGCAGCUGACUCCUCGGACCCUGUUUUUGCUUGCUCUCAUGGAUACGGAAGCAACGUCAAACGGCACACGAAAGGCAUUAGAAGCGCAGUUCAGGUCGAAGAUUGGUCUCGAAGAGCUUGACUCCAUCCCAGAUGGUAUCGCUGCUGUAUUCUAUCAAGCAGUUGCAGCAAGAGUGAACCAUCUCGAUGAAACUGCGGCAUUGGAAUCUAUCUCGUCCCUCGAUCAUUAUUCUGAGCUGAGAGACCGUGGUGGGACAAGCUACGUACAUGUCCCUGAAACCCCUGUUCCCACUCACGAAGCAUUGAAAGACUAUCACAGCAUCUGUGCGUCAGCCGCAGAUGCCGAGACGAAUCAAAGAUGGGAUGCAUCAUCAGAGGCCGACCGUCAUGCUAUCACUAGACUGAUCUUUAACGAUGAUCGCCGGUUCCCAGAGGCUUCAAGACUUGUGAAUCAAACAAGGGCUCCCAUAGUCGAAUGCACUCCUGAACCCGAGUGGACUGAAGUUGAACUGCUUGAAGCCCAGAAAGAGUUGGCCCAACAUGUGACUCGCCGAACACUUGCUGUCGCAGCUGGCAGAGGCAUGAUGCAUUUCAAUGCCAGAGUACCACUGAUCACCGAAAGAGUGCCAAUACCUGCUUUUAGCCUGCAAUGCAUCAUGAAGCCAACAAAUUCCAACGACAGCACUCAAGCCAUGACGUUCAGCGCAGAGAAGUCGGCUUUCACAGAAGAGAAGGUUUGCUGGGCUUUCUUCCACAACGGAGCUUCAAUGGGCCUCAUGAUUGCUACAGAAGCGGACUGCAUCGAUACUUCCUGGAUUCUGUACAACAAGCCGCCAGAGUUGACGAAUCGGCAUGCUGGCUUUCUCUUAGCAUUGGGCUUGAAUGGCCAUUUGAGAUCCCUGGCUAAAUGGGUUGCGUUCAAGUAUCUGACACCUAAGCACACCAUGACAUCCGUUGGUCUCUUGCUUGGAUUAUCGGCUUCCUUCCUCGGCACGAUGGAUACCUUGAUUACAAGGCUUCUCUCAGUACAUGUCACCAGACUAUUGCCACCAGGCGCUGCUGAGCUGAAUUUGUCGCCAUUAACACAGACUACUGGUAUCUUGGGAAUCGGACUCCUCUAUCACAACUCCCAACACCGGCGGAUGUCAGAGGUUAUGCUUUCUGAAAUCGAAAACAACGACCCUGAGGAAGGCUUCGGGACUGAUUCAGUCCUUCGUGACGAGGGAUAUCGCCUUGCUGCCGGUUUCUCUCUUGGUCUCAUCAACCUCGGACAAGGCGCAAAUCUGCACAGUCUUCACGAUAUGGGCGUUAUGGAACGACUCUUUGCCAUUGCGGUGGGGACAAAGAAUGUGGAUAUGGUUCACGUUCUUGACCGAGCAACUGCAGGUGCUGUUAUCGCCAUAGCUUUCAUCUUCUUGAAGACGAACGACGAAGCAGUCGCGCAAAAGGUCGACGUCCCAGAUACGCUGCAUCAGUUCGACUAUGUGCGCCCGGAUAUUUUCCUUCUCCGAACACUUGCCCGUCACCUUAUCAUGUGGGAUGAAGUAAAGCCCACCCUUGACUUCAUCAGGCAUUCGCUCCCUGCUCCAUAUCGUUUACGAGCCGACCUUAAAUUGACCAAAGUGCUCAGCACUGAAGACAUGCCAUUUUUCAAUAUCCUCGGGGGAAUCUGCUUUGCGAUAGGCUUGCGCUAUGCAGGAUCUCAGCGUCUCGACGCACGCGAUAUUCUGGUCUAUUAUCUGGACCACUUCCUUCGUAUAUCUCGUUUGCCGGCACGCAACUAUGACGCUCGUGUCACACUGAACAGCAUCCGCAAUUGUCUGGACACGAUAGCACUUGCAACCGCCUCUGUGAUGGCAGGCUCGGGUGAUUUAGUUGUCAUGCGCCGCCUACGUGCCCUGCACGGAAGAACAGACAAGGAUACUCCGUUUGGUAGUCACCUUGCUGCUCACAUGGCUUUGGGAACAUUGUUUCUCGCUGGUGGCACGCGAACAUUCAGCACCUCUGAUCUUGCCGUUGCUAGUCUUUGCAUGGCAUUCUAUCCCGUAUUUCCUAGUGAUGUUCUGGACAACCGGGGUCAUCUACAAGCGCUACGUCAUUUAUGGGUUCUUGCGGUGGAAGGAAGAUGUUUGGUGGCUCGCGAUCGCAAUGGAGGAGGAGCAGUUGUGGGUGGUGUGACGGGUAUAAUUCACCUUCGAACCGGAGAGGUUCAACAUCUGCGCCUCCCUGCACUCAUCCCGGAAUUGCACACCAUAUCAUCAAUUGAAAUCAAAGGCGACGGCUUCUGGGAUGCCAAACUCGAUCUUGGUAGUGAUCAAGCCAGGACAGCUCUACAGAGCCGCAUCAAGAAAGAAAAGGCCAUCAAUAUUAUGCUCUCGCGCCGAACGGCAUACGAUCAACCUGUCCAAAACUUGUUUGCAGCGGAAUUCCAAGCGAGAAGUGACCGAUCUGGAUUUCCGAGCGCAGAUCCAUAUGCAACAUCUGCAGGGGCCGUGUACAACGCUGCACACCUCGGUGGGUCGAAGACGGGUUCACCCUUUGAAUGGCUGUUUGAGCUCGAGUCAUUGUCUGGUUUCGACCAUGCGGAACGUGCACUCGUCCUUGGUCCAGGUGCCGUCGGCGACAGAGAUCCUUUGGCGUGCACAGUCGUGGACACUAGGCUGAACUUGGAGCAAGGAAUUCUGUUCACUCUAGACAACAGGGCCAGACACACGGCUGUUCGACGCAUGCACAAAGUAAAAUUGUGGCAACUGCGCCUGCUGUUUGCCUGGCUCGACCGAUGGGAGCGUGAGGACGAAGACAUCGAUCAGGAAUUGGAUGUACAGCGGCAAACACUCGGGUCCUCGAAAGAAGAUACCGAACCCCAAGGCCGGGAAAAGUGGUUCAACGAUGUCGGUGGGACUUGGUUGAGGCGGGAGGUAAUUGAGAGAAUGAGAUACCGCGUCUGGCACAUGGCGGCAGCUGGCGAGGGAUCCGCAAGCCCAUGACGGUGGUGACAUUCAAGACAUAUAAUCUUGCGACACGAGACUAGAUAGAAGGACAGAGGGCAUGCAGACGCUUUGCCUGUGACAAUGACUGAUAACUGGGCCUUGUAUAAACUGCAAAGGUGGGAAUCGACUUCCCAGACGAUAGAAACUAGUGGCAGUUAGAGA